CGGCAUCAAAUAUUGUUGGACUCAUUUUUUCUUUCUUCACGCACGAUUUCUAGAAAUAAUCAGUCUGCUGAUCUAAAUUAUAUUUAAUAAUAUACGGUACAUAAUAAAUAUACGUUUAAAUUUAAAUUGUGGACACUCAAAAUGAGUUCGGAAGCUGUAGUGACCGCUGGAAAUGAAAUUCGUGAAAAUCUGGUCACAACUGCAGUUAAAUUCCUCACCAAUCCGAGUGUUCAACGUUGUACGAUGGAGAGCAAAGAGAGGUUUCUCCGUAACAAAGGGCUAACGGACAUUGAAAUACAGAAAGCCAUAGAAAAGUGUGCCGAACUUGUAGACAUGCCGUCAAUAACAUCCGAACUUAUGUUCUUCCAUCACCCACGGAGAUCCUGGUUCAGAGAUAAUGUGUUACCAAUACUUGUCUAUGGUGGGCUAGCGUUUGGAUGCUACUGGUUUUAUAAGAACUGCAUCCGCCAGCUACUCUUCGUCGAAGAGCCGAAGCGUAAGUCCACAGCGGAGUGCAUAGACGAGUUGCGCAAGAGUCUGGACAUCUUGAACGCGAGCGUGACGUCACUGCGCAACGACAUGCAAGCAUCCGCGCAGCAGAGCGCCAUGCGCUCACAACUUGACAACAUCAAGUCUGACAUCGCUUCGGUUAAAGGAAUAUUGCUUCAUAGAAACCAGUUCCCCUCUCUGAACACGCGUCCCGAUCCGCCGUCCAUACCGGCGUGGCAGCGGCAGUCCGAAGAGGCCACCUCUACAGAAGCCGCGCCCGAAGAGAAGAAGAAACCUCACAGGAGCCGCAGCCAGCGCUCCGAGUCAGGAUCUAAUUCCAGCGAGGGUGAACAGGCCACCAAAAACAGCGACAGCAGUUUGGAGAUCAUGUGA